AUGUGCUUACCUUUGGGUUGUUUAAAGUUUUCUGUGUAGUUCUAAGCAUGGGUAAUACUAAUUGUUGGAGUAUCUUCAUUAAUUGGAACAAUCGUCAUAAAUGUCGAUCAGAGAUAAUACUUAGACUAUUUAGAUGAAUUUACAAAUUCUAAACCGUCAGAUGGAAUAUUAAUAGCAUUAUACAUAUUCAGUAGUAUAUUAAUACUUUUUGGAAUUUGCGGAAUAGUAGGAGGAUGGAAAAGAAUUGGAACACUGUUAUUUUGUUUUAAUAUUGGAAAUUUCAUACUUGCAAUAGCUUUUCUGGGUCUUGCGAUUCUUGGAUUUAGUCUUGGAUAGUCAGCUCAUUGGAUAGAUAUUUUUUCAGAUGAAUAAUGCUUAUAAUCAGAAUACUUUACUGGAUCUGCUACUUUGAAUAAUGUGUAUGCUGAAGCUGAGGAAGUAUUUUGUAAAACAAUUUACAAAAAUGCUCCUGGUUGUCAAUGUUAUUACACUGGAAGCAUGACAGAAAGCACAUCUGAAUCUGUUCAAUUUUAUUCAAGUUCUAAUUCAGAUUUACCUAUAAGAAUACAAUAAUGCUAAUAAUAUAAUGAUUAUAAAUCAGACUACGAUGAAGAGGCAGAAUAUUUAAAGUCUAUCGAAGAAUAAUUUUCAUGUUCAGGAUGGUGUUUUCCUUCAUCAAUUUACAUUUUUUCAGAUGUAAAUGCAGGAACUCCAAAGGAUCACUGUUAUGGGGCAAUAACAGGAUAUGCAAAAGAUAUUUGUGUCUAUAUUGGUGCCGUAGCUGUUAGUGUUUGUUUCAUAAUGAUAUUAUGCAUAACAUGCGUAUUGUGUUUGUGCUUCCACCCAACUAAAAAAUAAGAAGGAAACUUCUAUUCUAGAAUGGCUCAUUAUGAUUGAUGUAUUAAUCAAAAUUUGUUUGAAAUAUCUAAUUAUAAAUGAGUCUACAA